AUGUAUUUCUACUGUGAGAUCAGAAGAAAUACUUUGUUGAUCCCAGUGAGAAAUUAGGAAAAAGAUAGAAAUUGAAAAGUUUUGUUUUCUCAGUUGUUUCUUGUUGAAUUCAGAAAAAAUAUUUUAAUUCUGUCAAAUUUCUCCUUUUAGUUCCUAAACAUGACCUGCUGUUUCCCUUGUUCGUCACAGGGGGCAGCAGAGAUCCCUCUGUACAGGAAGAUAUGCUACGCUGUGGGUGGCGUUCCGUGUCAGAUGACCGCCGUCGCUAUUGGAGUUUCGCUGCAGAUUUUCCUCCUGGACGUUGUUCAGAUGAAUGCGUCCUACGUUUCCAUGAUCCUGUUUGUGAGUCGGGCCUGGGACGCAGUAACCGACCCUCUGAUUGGAUAUCUGGUGAGCCGCAGCAAACAGACGGCCGUCGGCAAACUCACUCCGUGGCUGGUUCUGUCCACUCCUCUGGGUGUCAUGUCCUACCUGCUGCUGUGGUUCCAUCCACCGGGCCUCAUGUCGCGGCCGCUCAGGGUCCUGUGGUUCCUGUCCACGACCUGCCUGUUUGAAACCCUGAUGAGUUGCUACAACGUCCCGUACCUGUCCCUCAGUAUGUUUCUUGGUGGAGACCAGAGAGCCAGAGAUUCAGCCACAGCCUACAGGAUGUGUGCAGAGAUGGUGGCCAUGCUGCUGGCCUCCAUCAUCCAGGGUCACGUUGUGUCCGUGUACAACACAGAGAAGCAGGAGGCCUGUGAGGAGCUGCACCAGGUCCACCACGCUGCUCAGAGCACGGCCGCGCCACAGGUGGCUUCACUGCAGGAAACGCGGAGGGCGUUCCUGAGCUCCAGUCUGGUCGUGGGUUCUCUGUUCUUCCUCUGCAGCCUGGUUCUCUUCUUUGGAGUGAAGGAGCAGAACGCUCUGGUCUCCUCUGGUGACACCGAGCGGCCGUCGUACCUGACGUCGCUGAAGAUGAUCGUCUGUCACGUUCCCUACCAGCGGCUGGUUCUGGGCUUCGUGUUCACCGCUCUUGCCUUUCAGAUGUCCUGGAGUAAUUUCGCACUUUUCUGUAGUCACGCAGCCGGACUGGGAGCUCAGUUCCAGUACCUUCUCCUGGCUCUGUUGGUCUCUGCGUCGGUGUCGGUUCCCGUGUGGCAGGUCGUUCUUCUGAGAGUCGGAAAAAGGAGAACAGCACUGAUCGGAAUCUCCCUCUACAUCCCAGCUGUGCUCGUCAUCACCUGCGUCCCCACUAACCUCCCGCUCUUCAUCAUCGUCUGUGUCGUGAUGGGAUUCAGUGUCGCAACGGCAUGCCUGCUCCCAUGGUCAAUGCUCCCAGAUGUGGUGGACGACUUUGCCGAGAGACACCCGUCCUUCAGAGACCUGGAGCCGUUGUUCUUCUCCGGUUAUGCCUUCAGCAGUAAACUGGCUGGAGGCCUGUCCGCUGGGUUCUCCACCAUGGUCCUGCAGUUUGUGGGCUACAGAGCUGGUGCCUGUAGCCAUGGCGACGGAGUUGUGACGACUCUGAUCGUGCUCUUCUCAGGAGUUCCUGUUGCUCUGCUGCUGGUAGCCAUGUUGUUCUUUUACUUCUACCCAAUCAACGAGAGGCAGCGCCAAGAACAACCAACCACAGUCAAGCCUGAGGUGACAUCAUCAUCACCAUCAUCACCAUCAGACCCAGCAGAAAGCACUGAGAGGUCAACACUGGUGCAGUGGUUACCUCCCGGUGUGAGGUCAUCUCCACAGAGAAACACCAGCUCCACGUCAAAGUCGAAGUCGAAUUCUUCCCACGGCAGAAACAGACUCUCGGUGAAGUCACCUGCAGCUCCACGUGGACGUGAUGGAGGUGGACCAGGGGUUGACUCAAAAACACCCCCCCACUGUCCUGAGGAGAGAGUGGACAGUGACAGGAAGGUCAGACCAGACCGACCUCGCAGAGUUCCAGGAUCUGGUUCUAGAAGGACUGACAUGAGGUCGACUGGACUGUGGGUGUAGUCGCCGCUGAUGGAAAAGUCAGGAGACUGUGACUCAGGACUGUUUUACCACAUGUUAUUACUAGGUUUCUUUACUGGAAGAGACAGAACGACAUUUCACUGCUACACUUCAUCCAUCUGUGCUGUAAAUCCUGAGCGGAUGAUCGGUACCGUGCCAGGUUCUGGUGACUAUUUCACUCAGAAUGACUAUUCUUGGAACAGUGUGAGUCCGACAUGUGGAACCAACAGUGAGCAACAACAUUGUUGCUUGUGACAUUCCAAAAUAUUUGAACAUUCCUGGUUCCUUUGCCAAUAAACUGAAGAAAUAAACCAUCUGUUAUCACUUUUCUUAAUUAGUUAAUUAUUUGGAUUUGUUCAUUUGCCAACAUGGCUGCUCUUGCCUGGCAGUCAUACCGAUGACUACAAUGGAGUGUAGUUCUUUUUAGGACUUGGUUUGGGCUCAGAAAUCUGGUUCGGUUCAGUUAGGGUCACAUAUACAGCAGGUCCAA